AUGUUAGGAGCAAGUUAUGUGGCGAUGAAAGAAAAUGAAUUAGCAUCGGAAUCUUAUCGUAAUGUAUUACAAUCAUUCGAAUUAUCUAUGAAAGAAUUUACAUCACCAUGGCUAGCCGCUUUCAUGGCGUCUUCACAUAUAACACUACAUCAUUCUAACCAAACAAUUGAUACGCUUGAACCGUUAAUGAAUAAAGAAUAUUCUGACAAUGAUGUUUAUGAAAAAAUGCGUCUAUUACAUGUAGGCCACGUUUGUUUAGAACGACAAAAAUUUGUUGACGCACUCAAUCAUUGGGAUGAAGCAGUAGAAAUAGCAUCUUAUAUGCCUACUUCGCUUAUGAAGAUACUCAAUGGAGUUAUGUAUAUGCAAAUGACUGUAGCAUAUUUCAGAUUGAACAGCAUAAGCAAUGCUUUAAGCAUCAUGGAAAGUACGAAACAAUGUUUGGAAUCUAAUUAUCCUUCCACACAUAGAUUAUUUGCUAUUUUCGAUUUUACGUGUGCCUACUAUUUAAUACAAAACGGAAGGCCUUCUCAAGCUAUUCCAUGCUUGAAGAAAGCACUGGAAAAUCCAUCUUUUUCUAAUGAUAAAGAUUUUCUUAGUAUUGUUUAUACUCCAUUGGUAAUGGGUUAUAUUUAUAUCGGUGAUCUAAAUUGUGCAGAAGAGUACUAUUAUGAAGCUAUUCCAUAUAUAUCACUGAACAAUCUUAGCUCACUAAUUCCUCAUCUAUUAGAUCUCAUACUGGACUUAAAGAGAAUUGCUCUAAAUGGAAAUCCAAACUAUACUAGUCAAUAUAUCCGUGCUGCAAUGCUGUUUAGUCAACGAUUGCUUUCAGCCAUUGUUCUAAAUUCUAUAACACCUUCAGAGUCUAUUGAUGAACAAACUUGUACUACCGAUGAGUUGAUUGUUUUUGCUAAUUAUUAUCGUCAUCGACAAGAUUAUGUACAUGCAGAAAAAUAUUAUAUGAUGGCUCUUGAUAAAACAACAGAAAUCGAUUGA